AUGCCUAUCUCAAUCCCUCAGGCAGACCGAUUGGUCGAUCUCUUCAGCUUGAAGAACAAAGUUGUUGUCAUCACCGGUGCCUCUAACCCGCGUGGCAUUGGCUACGAGGUUGCUAAAGGAUGCGCCGAGAUGGGAGCCUCCGUUGCAAUCACCUACUUCAGUCGCAAAGAGGAAGCCGAGAAGAAUGCCUCUCAAUUAAGUGAGGAAUUUAACGUCAAGGUCCAAGCCUACUAUUGCGAUGUCUCAGACUAUGUCGCAACGGAGUCAUUAGUUCAGAGCGUGAUCCGUGAUUCUGGUCACAUUGAUGGAUUCAUUGCCAACUCGGGACAGGCCGUUGGAUCUGGAAUUCUCGAUGGAUCCGUGAAUGACUGGAAUAACAUUAUCCAAGUCGAUCUGAACGGUCCCUUCCAUUGCGCCAAGGCUGUUGGCCCGCAUUUUGAGCAACGGGCAACAGGCUCCUUCAUUUUCACCUCUUCCAUGUCAGGCCACAUUGCCAAUUUCCCCCAGGAGCAAACAUCUUAUAAUGUGGCCAAGGCUGGAUGUAUUCACUUCGCCAGAUCUCUGGCUAAUGAGUGGAGAGACUUUGCGAGAGUGAACUCGGUCUCCCCGGGUUAUAUCGACACUGGGCUGUCUCAUUACAUUCCGCAGGAGACUAAGGACUUACGGCGUUCGAUGAUUCCUAUGGGCCGUGUCGGCGUGGCUAAAGAGUUGAAGGGUCUUUAUGUGUACCUGCUCAGUGAUGCUAGUUCCUACACCACUGGCUCGGAUAUUCUGGUUGAUGGAGGAUACUGUGCUCGUUGA